GUGUGCAGGUGACCGCAAUAUACAAUAUUGCUGCCUUGCCCUUUAAGGAUGUGCUGUAUGACAUCAAACUAACGCUGCGUUCCUAUAGGCUGAAUAUCCACCAGCUGCUUCCACUACUGUGGCCAUUUUUAUUGGUGUGUCAUCUACGAGUGGCUCGGUAGAUGCAAAAAAAUGACCCCCUGCAUUUGAAUAAUUAACAAAACCACAUAAAGAAGAAGGAGCAGUACCCAGGCUGUAAGUAAAAGGGAAAGGAUGGAUCAGACUCCACCAGAAGCACAGGACAUGACCGCCAGUGAGGAGCUGCCAAAAACUAACCAGGAGAGUUCAGGAACACCCGACCGUGACAGUACUGUGAGCAGAAAGACUCCUGAGGAUUCGGAAGAAACCAGCAGAGCUGAAAGCACUUGUACUGACCCCCAAGAGGACUGUCCAGUGGACAAGGCUGACAGUCCCGUUACAGAGCCUUGCCUUGCAGAUUGCACAGAAAGCUGUGCCGUGGAAGAUCAAGUCUUCACACCAGAUCAUGGUGGAAGUGGAGAACUGUGUUACCCAGAUUCUGCUCAGGAGGAGGAGGCCCCAUUCGUGGACAACUUGGCAGGUGGGGAUGGAAUUGCAAAGGUGGAAACUUCCAUUGGGUCUACAAGACAGUCUGCAACACAAUUGCUGGAAGAAGGUGACACCAUAAACAAUGCAGAGCCAGUAUCACAGACUUCUGAGAACUUUAACUCAACAAGUCCUUAUGACACAGACUUUAGCAAGAAGCUUAUUUCUGAAAUCCAGCGUUCAUUAUCACAAGAGUCCUUGUUAGAUGAAAUUGAAUCCGAAUUGCUUUCUUGUCAACUUACAACUGAACGUACUUUUCCUAAUGGGAUAAAAACGAAUCAAGACUGUCUAGUUAUGUUUGACAAAUGUGUACAGAAUAAAUACUUGCAACAAGAAAAGACAAUCAGAAGGUUGCUAGAUGACAAUAAAAAGCACCAGGAUCUUAUUUUAGCAAUCUGUUCAGAAAAAGACAACAUGAAAGAAGAGCUGAAAAAGCGCUUUGAGACUGAAAAACAGCACAUUGGUUCCAUUAAAAAGACAGAGGCUAGAGUGGAGGAGCUCACAAAAGAACUGAAAGCUUCAAAGGACAAACUGGUUUCCCAAGAUGCAGCUGCCAAGAAUGCAAUUCAUCAGGUACAAAGAGAGAUGGCCUUCAGGCUCGACCAAGCUCACAGGAAGUGUGAGGAGGCACGUCAGGAGAAAGAGUCCAUGGUGAUGAAGUAUGUCCGGGGAGAGAAGGAGGCUCUCGACCUUCGGAGAGAGAAGGAAGUGCUGGAGAAGAAGUUUCGAGAAGCAAACAAAGAAAUGGAGAAACACUCCAACAGAGCCAAACAGCUCGCUCAAGAGAAGGGGAGGCUGCAGCAGCUCUAUGAGACAAAGGAAGGAGAAGCUGCCAGACUGAGCCGGGAGAUUGAAAAACUAAAAGAAGAAGUCAAUUCCCACGUGAUCAAGGUGAAAUGGGCCCAAAACAAGUUAAAAACCGAAUCAGAUGCACACAAGGAAACCAAGGAAAGACUCCGAGAUACUACCAGCAAACUAACUCAAGCUAAAGAAGAGGCUGAGCAGAUAAGGAAAAAUUGCCAGGAGAUGAUUAAAACAUAUCAGGAAUCUGAAGAAAUUAAAUCUAAUGAGCUUGAUGCAAAGCUUCGAGAGACCAAGGGAGAGCUGGAGAAGCAAAAGCAGGAAAGAACAAACCAGUUAGAGAUACACCACGUUAAAACCAAAGAGCUUGAUGAUCUGAAGAGAACCUUUAAACAAGGGAUGGAUGAACUGCAUACUUUGAGAACUAAGGUGAAGUGCCUGGAGGAUGAAAGGUUAAGAACAGAGGAUGAAUUAUCAAAAUACAGAGAGAUAAUCAACAGACAGAAAUCUGAACUUCAGAAGCUACUGGAUCAAGUUAAAGUUGUACAGAGAUUGGAAGACCAGCAUCAAAGAGACGAGCAGUGCAUUGUAUCCUUGAAAGAGGAGAUGGAGAACCUGGAAUCUCUGAUCACAGACCUACAGAAAGACGUGGAAGGGAGUCGAUUAAGAGAGUCUGAACUGCUGGGCUUCACAGAGAAACUGACCAGCAAGAACGCUCAGCUGCAGUCUGAAGCCAACACGCUGCAGAUUCAGCUGGAUCAGCUGACCUUCAGAGAGAGGGAGAUGGAGACCCAGUUAGAAGAGAAGGGCCACAGCAAUGCUGAGCUGACAAAUAGAUUACAGAAAGAGGAACAGUUGAGGCAGGAGGAAGUCCAGACUCUUCAAAGUGAGCUAACAUCACAGAGCAAAGAAAUGGCUGGACUUAAAACUAGUAUCGAAGAACUGAACGAUGAGCUCGCUACGCAGAAACGAAAGCAGAUGGCAAAUCUAAAGGACCUUACUAAACAACUCCUGCUAGCACGAAAAAAGCUUGAUCAGAUGGAAAAUGGCAACUAUGACAAAGAAGCCAGCAGCAUGGGGAGUCGUUCUAGCUCAUCAGGCUCUCUAAAUGCGCGCAGCAGUAAUGAUGAUCGCUCCCCAGAAAACACAGGCUCAUCGGUCGCAGUGGACAGCUUCCCUGAAGUAGAUAAAGCUGUUCUGAUCGAGAGGAUUGUGCGGUUACAGAAAGCCCACGCACGAAAGAAUGAAAAGAUUGAGUUUAUGGAGGACCACAUCAAACAGCUGGUGGAGGAAAUUAGAAAGAAAACCAAAAUUCUCCAGAGUUAUGUUCUACGGGAGGAGACUGGCGCACUGUCUACUGAGGCCUCAGAUUUGAACAAGGCUCACCUGAGCAGAAGAGGAGGAAUCAUGGCCUCCCUCUACACAUCUCAUCCAGCAGACAGUGGCCUCACACUGGAUCUGUCUCUGGAAAUAAACAGGAAGUUACAGGCAGUGUUAGAAGACACGCUGCUGAAAAACAUUACAUUGAAGGAAAGUCUUCAGACCCUUGGAUCAGAGAUAGAAAGACUAAUAAAACUCCAGCAUGAACAGGAGCAGCGGGCAAAGAAGAAAUAAAUCUGUCCAGGUUCAGCUAACCAAGGAAUGUAAAUAAAAUGAAGAGAUGCUCUACAAUGUCCAACACCAGUCAGCCAAUUAUUUAGUUUUCUCUGCAUCGGAAAGUCUGUAAUAUCUGUUUAACUGUUAUGAACAGGUGACAACAUGAAUGCACAGUGUGUGUGUGUGUGUGUGUGAUCAAACUGAUCCUGAAUAAUUGUAAAUCCUAAAAUGUACCAAAAGUAAGAUCUCUGGAGUUUCCUUUUGUCAACCGAAAUACAAAACAGAUAUUUCCUUCUGGACCAGAUUGUUUUUUAUCAUUCUCUGCAGAUGCAGGGAGUGCUUUUUGUCUCCUGGAUUUCACUUAAUCAUGCUUUUAAAACAUAUCCUCAAAAAAAAAUCUGUUCCUUUUUUAAUCACACUUGCGCCUUUUCAGCACAAGCAAAUAACUUGUUGCCUGCGGUGUGAGAGUUUAAACAGCUGUGUUUAUUUAACGAGAAAGCCACCUCAAAAGAAUGCAUCUCCUAAGAGCCCAGUUGCAUUUAUGUUUUUAAAAUUAAUUAGACCUACAAAUUGCAUGCUGGUUUUUAAGUACUUAGUUAAUAGGGCAUGACUGUUCUAACAAUACUUAGAAGCAUUGGGGUAAAGUUUUAUCUGCCACUGAAAUAGAAGAAUGAAAUGCAAAGUAUAAAAACUAAAUAUAAACUUGCAGCCCAAAUCAGCACACUGAAGAUUGUUGUCGAAGGAUUUCUGGAAGUAAUAUCUCACAUGCACAACGAACCUUCCAUUGUUUCUAUACUUCCAACAGCUCUGAAUGUAACCCUGUUCUUCUAUCUGUGUGUGCUGACUGUAAUCUUGUUUUCUUGUUCUGUGUACUUGCAAUGCAAUUUAAAAUCUAAGGUAGUCUUCAGUAUUCUUUUACAAUGUGUCUGAUUUGAGCUCUUGAUUUUUUUUCUGUAAAACAUGUAUGUUUCUUCUCUUGGUUUUUGUUAUCAGGCAGUUUCCUCAGCAUAGUGUAUUCUCUUUAUUUUCAACAGAUUCUACCUGUAGUGUAGAAAGUUCACUCCUUGCUUAUGGAUCUACACUGUGCAGUAGGAGGUAUUCCUGUAUGAAACCGUGAAUGAAUUAUUACUAUACAACACUCAUGUUGUCUCUGGGUUUUAUGCUAUUUGCUGAACUUUUUUUUACAUCAAUUUUUAGGUGUCUGGCAUUGUAGCUCACCUUCAAAUGAAAAGUGAAGCUAUCCAUGUAUUGAGUUUUACUAGCUCAUGUGUGUGUGUGUGUGUGUGUGUGUGUGUGUGUGUGUGUGUAUAAUUAAUAUAUAUAUAUAUAUAUAUAUAUAUAUAUAUAUAUAUAUAUAUAUAUAAUAUGGUAUUUCAUGAACUAACCUAAAUCUAAAUUUGAUUUAAUAGAUGUUUAAGUGUUUAAAAGGGGUACAUAAAAAUGUAAUGUCUAUAGUAUGAAGUUGAAUAAAUGGAAAUUGUAAAUGGGGUUAAAUUGCAAUCGUGCACUUGGAAUGUGCGCCUUAAAGCAUGCAAAAUGUUAUUUCUUUCAGAUGAAUAUAAAUACAAAGACACUAAUAAUCUGGAGAUGAAGUGCAGAUACCUCAGGGGUGAAUAAAUUAUUUAACGUGAUAGUCUUUUUAGGAUACUACAGAUCCAUUCACCCACCUGGUUGUAACUUAAGAAUUCCAGAGUAGCAUGCAGAACAUUAAACAGUAUCUAUGAUUAGGUUCAUUAUUAACAAGACUAAUCAACCACUUACUGUAUCCAUCACUAUUUCUACCAAAAUCUGCUGCUUAAAUGAUGCUGCACACCAUGCUUAAGACACACUUUUAUUAAAGAAGCCAAACACAUGUGCAUUGUUUAGACUAGUGCAGUCUUCUUAGUCUAUAUUCAAUGAUAUGCUUUAUGGGCGAUAUGCAAAUGCUUAUAUUCAAAACAGUAUCUAUAAAGCUGGUCCUGUUAGGUAACAGAUAACAUCAGUCGCCACAUACAUUAUUUUUUAUUUAUUUAUUUAUUUUUUUACAAAUACCAUGCCAGUAGAGUAGCACCAUUAAUUACACUAAAAACUGAGUGAAACUGUGAUAAAUGUAUGUUUGCACAGAAAUGAAAAUGUAUUUUGAUGUUUCUGCAUAACGAAACGAGUGAUGUGGAAAAGGUUUAGAUUUCGCAUUAGGACCAGUAAUAUAAUAAGAAGCAUGCCACCCCUGCUGCUGUGCGGUGGGGGGGGGUAUUAACCUUCCUUUCAAAUCCACUCCACUCUGUUUAGCACGGGGAGGAAGAAUGCAAUGCCCUGUUAAUGUCACACUUCCCCACUGUUUAAUACAUUUAUAAACUGGUGUUGUGUGGCAUGACAUUCCACAAAUGGAAUGGGUACAUUCAUACAUUAACUGCAGUGGUUACAUGGCUUUUUAUACUAUGUGAGCACAGAACAUACAACUCCACAACUAGGUCUAGUCUGUAUGGGAAAUUAAAACCUUUCCAAAAGCUUUUUAAAUCACAGUUCUCUUACUACUGGCAAAAAAAAACAUGAAACAUGAAGAAUUGUUGACUUAAAGUUUACCACGUACUGUUUUUGUGUCUCUAAUUCUGUGAUUUUUUUUAAAGUAUGUUUUUAAUCUUGCCUGUUUCGGGGUUAUUUCUGUUUUCUCUGUUUUCCUUGUUUCCUUUCUAAAUUUGAAGAUGUGUUUUAUUUUAGGUCAUUGAAAUAUGAAAUUGUAAUUUUGGAUUUUGAAGAUACAGGUUUAUGUAUAAAUGGUUAACCGUUUUUAAGGAUAUAUGAUUCUAUAUAUUAUGUAUAUAUGGCAUUUAAAGAGAAUAAACAUCUGCAGCUA